UCGUCCGUAUGUAUGAACGCAAGCAUCUGAGAGCUUAUAUACAUAUUGCAAAUUCUAAGAAUUUCUGUAGGUUUCUUCUUUGGAUUCUUUGCGAUUGAAUUGUUUUCUCUCCCUAUAGAGGGCACUUAUGCGAAUAUACACGAGUAUAUAUUCCACAUCGCAUGUUUCUAGCUUCUAGAGCUACCAAAUUGAAUUUCAUUUAUACAGAGGCCCCCAAGGACGGACGCACAGAACGACAGGAGAUUGCAAUAAAUCAAUAUAUGUGACUAUAUACUAAUUGUGACUAUGCGUCUUAAUAUGGUUAAGGGCGUUAGUCUGACAACUACACAAAGCCAAAGCCUUUCUUUUUAGUCUCUGUCCUGGUAAAAAAAUAUGAAACACUCUUGCAAAGAGUGUAAAUAUACGAUGUAAUUAGUGCCCACUCUCAAUUUGAUGUUUAAACAUGCCCAAAAGCGGCUUUUAUUUGGCUCUCUGGCUCUGCCCACCUUUUUCAGAAACGGCAGCUGCUGCCGCCGCCGCUGCCGCGGCUGCUGUGUAUUGCAAUGAUGUAUCAGUUGGUCAGCACUUUCAUCAGCACAACACCAAGAUUGAGCAUGCCGACUCCACCACAACAGCCGCCGCCGCACAGCAACAUCAACAGCAACAACAACAACAACAACAACAACAACAACAACAACAGCAGCAGCAUCAUGAUUCACUGCAUUCUCAUACCCAGCAUCAGCAGGCGCAGAAUACGCAUCAGCAGACACAUGCUCACCUGACUCCGGUGCACGCAGCCUCCGCCUUUAAAUUUAGUCAUACGGCCGUAAUAUCCAGCUCGGCUGUCUAUGCCGCGGGCCCACACUACACCCACCAACAGCAGCCGAAUGCCCAGACGCAUGGCGGGUCUAUUGCCACUGUCUAUCGUGAUAUUUCACCCAGCACAGCGACGGGCAGCGAAACAGAUCUUAAAUACGACAGUGGGCCUUACAAUGCCACUAUAUCUUCCACCUAUCCACCACCAUUGCGUCCGAGUGUGGUUGAUUCCACAACUUCCAGUGAUGCGGAGCUGCGCCUUGAUCAGUUUUACGCUAGCAAUGCAAUAUCCACCAGCAGCAACGUGCAGACCAUCAGCCAGCGUCGUGGCUCGCUCCAGUUAUGGCAGUUUUUGGUGGCCCUACUUGACGAACCGGCAACUAGUUCUAGCUGCAUCGCCUGGACAGGUCGUGGCAUGGAAUUCAAACUCAUCGAACCGGAGGAGGUAGCUCGCCGUUGGGGCAUACAGAAGAACCGACCAGCUAUGAACUAUGACAAGCUGUCGCGUAGCCUGCGCUACUACUAUGAGAAGGGAAUCAUGCAAAAAGUCAAUGGUGAACGCUAUGUCUAUCGCUUCGUCUGUGAUCCCGAUGCGCUCUUUAACAUGGCAUAUGGGCACCUCACAAGCAAGCAAGCAGACCAGCAGCAUCAGUUGACCUUGUCGUUGGCGAAGUCAUCGCCGGAGUCGCAGUCGCAACUUCGCGUGCAAAAAUCGACAACCGCAGAUUACUAUGACAGUGGCUUGCAUAAGUACCAGUAGGCGGAGUGUGGGAACACCACUGUAUGGGUGUAACACCCAUGUCUCAUGUAUAUUGUGUAAUUUAAUUUUUUAUGGGUGUGUGGGGUCACACUGCUUUGCUGUGCGACUGCGUUUCGUUAAUGAAAAAUACCAAAUUUGUGACGGCCCCGCUUGAGAAACUUUCGGCAAGCAGUGCUCAAAAGCGUCUAUCGGUCGGCCACCAUAAAAAAUCGAUGUCUAUCGAACAACGAUCACAACGGCACAAUCGCUUGCCGGUCGGAUUUCAUAUACAUAGACUGUAGACCGGAAAAGGUGUUUUUCAUUUUCAUGUAUUUGAUUAUUAGAUGGCUAGCGUUAGAUGCGUAGCUCAUCUAAGCGAGGCCUUAUCAGCAGCAAUUACAUACAUACAUCAAAUAACAUACAUACAUAUACAAAAGAAAGUGUCCACUACUAAAUUGUAAUCGCGUUAAGGUUGAGUUGACGUAUUUAAAAUAAAGUAUAUACCGUUUUUUGUUCGUUACACAAA